UGGAACAAUUAUAAAAACUUUACCCAAGUGAAGCUCCAUUUCCCCCCAAAUUCGAUUCCCUCUCAUCUCGAUCCAGUUUUCGAUCCAAUUUCUUCCUUUGAUCUUCAUCUCAUCUCUCUCUCCGUUCAAUUCUCUCUCGAUUGAUCCCCUUUUCACUUCUCUCUGUGCCCUGUACUCGAUUCUAGGGUUAGGGUUUCGAAGAUUGCGUAAUUUCUCAACUCCAUCACUGUAUCUGUCUAGUUCUUCGUUAAUUCAGGUUCUUCGACUUGAAUUUUGAUCAUUUCGUAAACUUCUAAUCGUACCCUGGUCGUUCCUAUUGCUGUUGUUUUUUGGAAUUUCGGAGCUGUUCCGCAGCGUUAUCUCUUGUGCAUAUUGUGUGUCUUGCUUUUCAAACUGUUUCUUAUUUGGAAGGGGUGAAAUGGUUUCUAAACGACCUUUCCAUGGUGAGGAGUCAUACGAGGUUGGUUGUAAGCACCCGAGACAACAGGAACACACAGCUCAGCAAUCUCUUAUUGUGGGAAUUGCGCGUUGUAAUACCAGUCCCCAGAAAUUCUUUUCAGAUGAAGGCGAGAAUAGUGCUAGGAAAUCUCAAGAUGAAAAGGUUGCAAGGGAAACAGUUGGUGAAGAUCUGAAUGGGGCCAACAAAGAACUUGAAAUAAAUCCUUCUGGUGGCAUCUCGAGUUAUUGGUGGGUCAAUGGCAAUAAUAUCCAUGAAUAUGCUGGAGCAGAGGCUGCAGUUCAUUUUCCCUUUUUUCCGCACUAUUUUGAACUUGACCACCGAGUAACAGCAUUAGUUCAGCCUCGUGACAUUUAUUCAGUUCUUUUGGAUCAUCUGCCUAGAAAACUAGUUUCUGUCGGACCAGAUCAUCAAGCUGAUGUUCCUGAAUGGGCCCCGAAGGGUUUCAGUGAAUCUUCUGGCGGCUUCGAUGAAUCAGAUGCACACGUGGAUGAUGAUGAAAAUGGGGUGAAGCUGGUGGGUACUUGUGUCAUCCCUACGCCCGAUAUGGAGUUACCUGGAUACAGUUGUUGCGGGAAUGAGGGAACGAGAAGCUUCUGUAAUUGUCUUGACAUGGGUUCUAUUAGAUGUGUGAGGCAACAUGUCAUGGAAGCGAGAGAGGCACUGAGAGAAAACCUUGGGCGGAAGAUAUUUGAGGAAUUGGGAUUUUGUGACAUGGGAGAGGAGGUUGCGAAGAAAUGGAAUGAAGAGGAAGAGCAAACCUUCCAUGAAGUUGUACUCUCAAAUGCAGCAUCGGAGGGUAAGAACUUCUGGGACCAUCUCCCUGCCAUUUUCCCCUCCCGAACAAAAAAGGACCUGGUCAGUUACUAUUUCAAUGUAUAUAUGCUUCGGAAACGUGCCAAGCAAAACAGGUUUGAGCCGCUAAACAUUGACAGUGACAAUGAUGAGUGGCAAGGAAGUGAACUUGGAAUGGCAGAUGAAGAUGAUGACUCCGCAGUUGAAUCUCUGGAUCAAGAAUUUCCAGGUCAUAAUCAAGAGAAUCGUGAAGAGGAAUUUCUUGAAGGCAUUGAGGAGAUUGAAACAGAUACCUGUAAAGAUGAUGUAAACCCUGUGAAUCAUAGCUUUGUAAUGGGUGAGGAGGACGAGCGAGGCAAUAUAGAUGAUGUUUCGGCAGCACAUGUUGGGAAUUUCUAUGGUGGUUGUGAUUUUGAUCCUAUGCUUGAACUUUCAGGUAAGAUCUCAAGCAAUAAUGUGGAGGAUCAAGAAAAUCAAGAUGACUCGUGCACAUCUUUUGAGUCUCAGAGUGACAAGGUUGAUUCCCAUGGUCCAGUUGAUCCGAGGACUGAUGCUGGAGUCCAGAUAAGAAUGACUACAGCAGAUAAUUCCAGGCCAUGAUACCCCGCAUGUGUCCUUGAAAUGUUUCAGUUUUUUCAAUGCUGGCCCUAAGGUAUGGAAUCAACAACGCCUGAUUCACAAAUUUCAUACCCCAUACUUCCAAAGAUUUUUUCUUGGCGGUGAGUAUGCAAUAUCCCUUUUAAAAAUUGAUUUUGGGUGGAAGCUAGAUAGCCUGGGCUUCAAUGUAUAGUACUGGUAAAAGCUGGUUGCUCUACAUGGGUGCGCCAAAGGAGCUCUCAUGGAACAUAACCUCCAACAUAUGGGUCGCUAAACCCUUGCUGGAAAAUAAAAAUCGCUUUUCGUGUAGUGGUAUUUUGAAGUUUUGAUAUUUACUGUAAGAAGGCUUAGAUUCAGUUCGGAAAUUUGUAGUGGAAUUACAUUCAUCUCCAUUGCUAUUGCUCUGUUUCUGUCAUAUUUUACUUGUUUCCCAAUGAAUGCUUCACUUAUUUUUCUCUUU